AUGUGUCGCGACCCCAGUGUCGUUCAGUUGGCUCUGACAAGUCUAUUGUACUUGAUCAUGAUGCGACCACCUGCCAAAGAGAUUGCAUUAGAUACAGUGCAAGACAUUUGGACCGAGUUUGAGGAAGCAAGACCUGUGGCAGGCAAAUAUCUAUCUAAAUAUCGCCCGUCUUUCAUGGAAGCUGCACAAAAUGGUGCUGGUAAUAGUUCGGGACAGUCUGCAUCAACCGCUAUUACUGCUUGAGAAAAUGAUUAACCGAUGAUGCAUUUCAAGGCGUUAAAGGGUAGAUAAGGUUGGGACCAAUGGUACCGAUUAGAUGAAUACCAAGCAUUGUCACCACCUCAUGAAGGCGUGAGACAGUUAAUAACGCCAUUCGAUAUAUUGACCCAAUUG